AGAGAGGAAAAAAAAUAGCAGGAAGAUGGCGCCCACCAAGCCCAGCUUUCAGCAGGAUCCUUCCAGGCGAGAACGUUUACAAGCAUUGAGAAAGGAGAAAUCCCGAGAUGCCGCUCGGUCCCGCCGGGGAAAAGAAAAUUUUGAGUUCUAUGAAUUGGCCAAGCUGUUGCCUCUUCCUGCAGCUAUCACUAGCCAGCUCGACAAGGCCUCCAUCAUUCGACUUACCAUUAGCUAUCUGAAAAUGAGGGACUUUGCUAACCAAGGGGACCCUCCAUGGAACUUGCGAAUGGAAGGCCCUCCACCUAACACAUCAGUCAAAGGGAUACAAUUGUGGAAAUCUGAGCUCUGCAUGAGAAAGACACCAUGUGAAGUUAUAGGUGCACAACGAAGGAGAAGCCCCAGUGCACUGGCCAUUGAAGUAUUUGAAGCACAUUUGGGAAGUCACAUUUUGCAGUCCCUGGAUGGCUUUGUAUUUGCACUAAAUCAAGAAGGAAAAUUUUUGUACAUUUCCGAAACCGUCUCCAUCUACCUAGGCCUCUCACAAGUGGAGCUGACAGGCAGCAGCGUCUUUGACUACGUGCACCCAGGGGACCACGUGGAGAUGGCAGAGCAGCUGGGCAUGAAGCUCCCGCCCGGGCGGGGUCUCCUCUCGCAGGGCACGGCUGAGGACGGAGCCAGCUCGGCAUCUUCCUCCUCCCAGUCGGAGACCCCUGAGCCAGUGGAGUCAACCAGCCCCAGUCUGCUAACCACUGACAACACCCUUGAACGUUCCUUUUUCAUCCGAAUGAAAUCUACUCUGACCAAACGCGGCGUGCACAUCAAAUCGUCAGGAUAUAAGGUGAUUCACAUAACAGGCCGGCUACGACUGAGGGUGUCCCUAUCCCACGGGAGGACCGUUCCCAGCCAAAUCAUGGGUCUUGUGGUUGUGGCUCAUGCCCUGCCUCCCCCUACGAUCAAUGAAGUCAGAAUUGACUGCCAUAUGUUCGUCACUCGAGUAAAUAUGGACCUCAAUAUCAUUUACUGUGAAAAUAGGAUUAGUGAUUAUAUGGAUCUGACCCCCGUAGACAUCGUAGGGAAGAGAUGCUACCACUUCAUCCACGCUGAAGACGUCGAAGGCAUCAGGCAUAGUCACUUGGACCUGCUGAAUAAGGGCCAGUGUGUGACGAAGUACUACCGCUGGAUGCAGAAGAAUGGAGGAUAUAUUUGGAUACAGUCUAGUGCCACCAUAGCUAUUAAUGCCAAGAACGCAAAUGAGAAGAAUAUCAUCUGGGUGAAUUAUCUUCUUAGUAAUCCUGAAUACAAGGACACACCCAUGGAUAUUGCACAGCUCCCCCACCUGCCUGAGAAAACGUCGGAAUCUUCGGAGACGUCCGACUCUGAAUCAGACUCUAAAGAUACCUCAGGUAUUACAGAGGACAACGAGAAUUCCAAGUCCGACGAGAAGGGUAACCAGUCUGAGAACAGCGAAGACCCGGAACCCGACAGGAAGAAGUCCGGCAACGCGUGCGACAACGACAUGAACUGCAACGACGACGGCCACAGCUCCAGCAACCCGGACAGCCGCGACAGCGACGACAGCUUCGAGCACUCGGACUUUGAGAACCCGAAGGCGGGCGAGGACAGCUUCGGCACGCUGGGCCCCAUGCAGAUCAAGGUGGAGCGCUACGUGGAGAGCGAGUCGGACCUGCGGCUGCAGAACUGCGAGUCCCUCACGUCCGACAGCGCCAAGGACUCGGACAGCGCGGGCGAGGCGGGCGCGCAGGCCUCCAGCAAGCACCAGAAGCGCAAGAAGAGGCGGAAACGGCAGAAGGGCGGCAGCGCCAGCCGCCGGCGCCUGUCCAGCGCGUCGAGCCCCGGCGGCCUGGACGCGGGCCUCGUGGAGCCCCCGCGGCUGCUGUCGUCCCCCAACAGUGCCUCGGUGCUCAAGAUCAAGACGGAGAUCUCGGAACCCAUCAACUUUGACAACGAUAGCAGCAUCUGGAACUACCCGCCCAACCGGGAGAUCUCCAGGAAUGAGUCCCCCUACAGCAUGACCAAGCCCCCCAGCUCCGAGCACUUCCCGUCCCCGCAGGGCAGCGGGGGCGGCGGGGGGCUGCACGUGGCCAUCCCCGACUCGGUCCUCACCCCGCCGGGCGCCGACGGCGCUGCCGCCCGCAAGACUCAGUUCGGCGCCUCGGCCACCUCGGCCUUGGCCCCCGUCGCCUCCGACCCGCUGUCGCCCCCUCUCUCGGCGUCCCCUCGGGACAAGCACCCCGGGGGCAGCGGGGGCAGUGGCGGCGGCGGGGGUGGGGGCGGGGCUGGCGGCGGGGGCGGGGGCAGCGGGGGCGGCGCCAGCGCUUCCAACUCCUUGCUGUACACUGGGGACCUGGAGGCGCUACAGAGGUUGCAGGCGGGCAACGUCGUGCUCCCGCUGGUGCACAGGGUGACGGGGACCCUGGCCGCCACCAGCACGGCCGCGCAGAGGGUCUACACCACCGGCACCAUCCGCUACGCGCCCGCAGAGGUGACCCUGGCCAUGCAGGGCAACCUGCUGCCCAACGCGCACGCUGUUAACUUCGUGGACGUUAACAGCCCCGGCUUCGGCCUCGAUCCCAAGACACCCAUGGAGAUGCUCUACCACCACGUGCACCGGCUCAACAUGUCGGGACCGUUCGGGGGCGCCGUGAGCGCCGCCAGCCUGACGCAGAUGCCCGCCGGCAACGUGUUCACCACGGCCGAGGGACUCUUCUCCACGCUGCCCUUCCCCGUCUACAGCAACGGCAUCCACGCGGCACAGACUCUGGAGCGCAAGGAGGACUGA